GGUUUGAACCACGCUAUGUUAUUAUUUUGUCAAAACAAAACAGUAAAAGCGGAGUAGUUGGUAUUGAAUGGGUUUUCGUUUGACGUGUGCUGUAAAUUUUGUUGCUCGAAGCUUACCCCGUUGACAUCAUAUUCUUAGAUAUCAGUGACAUGCAUCAAAAGACACCUAGCCGGCCCACUCCAAAGUUCUUUGGACAACAACAAAAAUUUUCUACUAAAAAGGAACGUGGUACUCCUAGGGAUGCCCUUCCACCAAGACCGCCUGUUAAAAGUGCACCACCAAUUAGCAGAGUUUUUAGUAACCGAAAUGAGUUGCAACGAGCCAGAGCAGUAUCGUUCGUGUCUACAUCUGACUAUAUCAGAAGCCCACAUUAUAAGGAAGCAAAUAAGCAGCUAUAUUUUGAGCAGUGUUUUGAGGUUGAAUGUAAACUUGGAGAAGGGUCGUUUGGACAGGUGUAUAAAGUCAGAAGUAAGGAAGAUGGCAGGUACUAUGCUGUGAAGAAAUCUCAACAGAAAUUUAGAGGAGAAUCUGACCGGUUACGGAAACUGGACGAAGUUCGCAAACAUGAGGUUCUGCCUAAGCAUGAAAACUGCGUUGAAUUUUUUAAGGCAUGGGAGGAGAAGCAGCAAUUGUACAUACAGAUUGAGCUGUGCCAAACUAGCUUGAGCAACUACUCGGAGAUGAAUCAUGAUAUCCCAGAAACACUCAUAUGGAACUACACAGUGGAUCUUCUUCUCGCUGUGAAGCACCUGCAUGAUCAUGAUCUCAUUCAUAUGGACAUCAAACCAGACAACAUAUUUGUGUCACAGGAUUGUGUUUGCAAGCUUGGAGAUUUUGGUCUUGUGGUUGAUUUAAAGAAGGGUGACAUAUCAGAGGCAUUAGAAGGUGACCCAAAAUACAUGGCCCCAGAACUGAUGGAUGGCAAGUUUGGGAAAGCAGCUGAUAUCUUCAGCCUCGGUGUGACUUUAUUGGAACUUGCAACUGACUUGGACGUGCCCCGUGGUGGAGCUGCCUGGCACCUGCUCAGAAGUGGCAACAUACCAAACUACAUAUUUAAAGGGCUGCAGCCAGGCUUGUGUGAAUUGCUUAGGCUUAUGAUGAACCCGAGUUACAUCCGUCGCCCGUCGGCCGAUGACAUACUACAGAUGCCUGCCGUACAGAACCAUGCAGUCAGGAGGAGGAGGCAGCUGCUGUCCAAGAAAGUGGUGAACCAAGUCAUGGCAUCGUUUUGUGCAGUGUGGCUCAUGUUGUUGGCACUGUGGAAAAUCGUUCUGUGGCCAGUGCAGAGUGUGAGCUUAAGACGACAGUCACACAGGCCACCAAGAGGUAUAGAAGCAGGCAUUCGACAAGGAUCAGGAUGGGACACAAGCUUCUCAGAUGAUGAUGUGUUUGAGAAUCCUUCAAACUUGUCACGCUCAUUCAUCUCGCCUCUAUCAGAGUCUUCCGAAUCAAACGACAGUAGGAAUGGGAUCCUGGAUGCACUACGCCGUGGUGCUUACUCUGCACCUGCAGCGAUGAAAGCUAGACCAAAAGUGGCGACGCCUCCUAGAAACAUGGUACCCCUUUCUCUGCUUGAUAGGAUGACGCCAGAAGCGAGUGCGCACCAUGACCACAGCAUCAACAAGUCACUGUUUCUGGAGACGUCAGGGAGCAUGGCUUCGAACGAUGAGUCCAUGGUCGCACCUGAAGCAAAGGUGAAUAUCGGCCCCAAGAACCUCAUGAGCGUGUUUGCCGCGGCAGACAUGUCAGACGAGGACUGAGCUGAUUCCUGUACGAAUCACACACUGUUUGUCGCCACAGUCAUCCGUCGAACGUCGCGAGGUGUUUCUGCUGUGCGAAAACCUGGGUUUUUAAGGCGUGGCCGAGAACACUGAGAAGGAUACAGUGAGUGAACUGGCAAUGGCUUACGUCAUCAUUAGGUUGUGUGAAAGAUGUUGAGAUGCCACUUUUCAAACUCGUGUGACGUGGGCAAAUGUGAGCAAUUUGCAAGAGCUGACUAAUAUGCUUGUGUGUGAAAGUUAUAUAGAAGUUAAGCAAGCGGAUAUUUGUUAUAUACGACACUGUAAAUUGUGCAGGAGAAAGGGUUAAAACAUCCAACAUAGAUGUUACACAUUGAUUGUAUAGACCAAGAUUAUUGUUAGAAAAUAAGUGAUUUGCUGUCAUGCCAAAUUCAUUUCUAAAAUAGAGGCUGGCACUUCCUUUAAAGAAUUCCAUUUGGUAUAGGUAUGGCAUUAAUGUUUGUGAAUAAUUGUCUAUAAAUAGUGCCUUUCUUGACAGGACCAAGUUUACGUAUAAACAUUCUGAUGAUGACACGUUUUGUGAUACAAGUACAGCGUCGGGCGGUGUCUGUAAAUGCGUGUAGAUAAAUCUGUAUUCCUGGUGUUCAGAGUAUAAAUCUCACGGUUACAUGGUUAGAAAUGCUGCAUAAUGCAGCUGUCGUGGUUUGGAUGUUAUGUAAAGAUAGAUACAUAUGAAUAGAUGUUGACUAAUUGACUAAAUUAACUAAUUAGACUGGGAGGAUAUUUAAUUUGUCAAGACCGCGUGCACGUAUAAAUAUGGACUGCAAGGAGCAAGUGGUUUGUGGCACAGCAUUACACAUAGGUAGUUGAAUCUAUCGAUAUAUUUGUAUAACAUUUAAUUGAACAAUGUGCAGUCUUUAGUUCUGUUCAUUUUUAGGAAUUCCUCUAGUUCAAAGUAAAGAAAGUACUGCACAAUUCACUAAAUUGAUAUGGCUUCAAUAGCCAUUGCAGUGCCAGUACUCACACGGAUAAUUAUUCGGCUGCCAUCAUCCCGGCAUGUGAUGCUUAAUAUUUCUACCUAGAUGGCAAUGUCAGAGCUGGGUAGCAUAUAAUUAAAAAGAGGUGAGAAACAACAAGCCUGUUGUAGUGAAUGAAGGCGCAUUGUGUUAAUGGCACCUGCUGAUUGCUUGUCGCUUAUGCUGUGUCAGGGUUGACAUCGAUGUAGUUGAAGAUUUCGUUUAGACCAAAUUUGUUGACACCGUUUCUGUCGGGCAUAUAUGUCCGCAGUGUGAGCACGGAGUUUAUAUCUGUUACUCAUAUUGAUAAUGUUACAGAGGCACAGGACGUGUAUUAUAGUUUCAUCAAUGAAACGUUCCAUCUACUCGGUUUAAAGAUCCAGCACUACAUUCCCAAUUUGAAGCUAGUCAAGUGCGAGUUUGUCUGCAAGCAGUAAUGAGAGCGGAACUGUCCUGAAUUCUACGAAGUUGGUGGCUCUGUAAUUAUGUCAGGGGUUGAGUAAAGUUAGUUGUUAGAUCGUAAGAUGAAAAGAACCCCAGGAAUUCCUCGUGUAUAGCGUGUAAUAAGUGUUUGAUGUUUGUUCAGUUGUUCAAAAUGCACAGUUGUGUGAAGCUAGGGAUGUAUGACAAACUUAUCAUCUUAAUUGUGUACUAUUUUGAUAUAAAUUAUAUUUGACCAGUUAGUUUUUUA